AUGGAUGCCAAAAUAGAGCGAGCGGUGACGGAGAAGAAGCCUGUUCCUGAAAUCGACUUUACUCUCCAUACCAUGGAAGACGGAACUCAGGUUUCUACCCACGAGAGAGUUUGUAAAGAGGUACAAGCGCCCGCAUUCCAGGUUCCCACAAACGACAAUUUUUGGUCUCUCGAAGACCCAACGAAACCAAACCUACAGUUUCUAAAACAACAUUUCUAUCGUGAAGGUCGCCUUACUGAAGAGCAGGCAUUAUGGAUUAUACAGACGGGCACCCAGUUGCUGCGCGCGGAGCCUAAUCUCCUAGAAAUGGACGCGCCUAUUACAGUUUGCGGCGAUGUCCAUGGCCAGUAUUAUGAUCUUAUGAAACUAUUUGAAGUUGGUGGCGACCCCGCGGAGACGCGAUAUCUCUUCCUUGGUGAUUAUGUCGACAGAGGAUAUUUCAGUAUCGAGUGCGUCUUAUACCUCUGGGCUCUGAAAAUUUGGUAUCCAAACUCUCUAUGGUUAUUGCGAGGGAAUCAUGAGUGUCGCCAUCUCACAGACUAUUUCACAUUCAAACUAGAGUGCAGGCACAAGUACUCGGAGAAAGUCUAUGAUGCCUGUACCGAAUCUUUCUGUGCUUUGCCACUGGCUGCCAUUAUGAACAAACAAUUCCUCUGCAUUCAUGGCGGUCUAAGCCCAGAGUUACAUACUUUGGAAGAUCUGAAAUCAAUUGACCGCUUCAGAGAACCCCCUACCCAAGGACUAAUGUGCGACAUACUUUGGGCUGACCCGCUGGAGGAAUUCGGCCAGGAAAAAACAGGAGAGUAUUUUGUGCACAAUAACGUUAGAGGAUGCUCAUACUUCUUCUCUUAUCCCGCUGCUUGCGCAUUCCUGGAGAAAAAUAAUUUGCUAUCCAUUAUUCGAGCUCACGAGGCCCAAGAUGCCGGUUACAGAAUGUAUAGGAAAACACGAACAACUGGAUUCCCCAGCGUAAUGACGAUCUUCAGUGCACCAAAUUAUCUCGACGUCUACAAUAACAAAGCUGCAGUCUUGAAAUACGAAAACAACGUCAUGAACAUCAGACAGUUUAACUGCACUCCCCACCCUUACUGGCUACCGAAUUUCAUGGAUGUUUUCACAUGGUCUCUCCCAUUUGUCGGCGAAAAAAUCACUGACAUGCUAAUCGCCAUUUUGAACACAUGUUCCAAAGAAGAGCUGGAGGAAGAAUCACCAUCAAUAUCUGGCGCCGCAUCGCCCGCCCUUCAAAUGGAUCCUGAGAGCACUGAGUUCAAACGACGUGCUAUCAAAAACAAGAUUCUGGCUAUUGGCCGUCUCUCUCGAGUUUUCCAGGUACUACGUGAAGAAUCAGAGAGAGUUACUGAACUCAAAACUGCCUCGGGUGGCCGCCUCCCUGCUGGCACACUGAUGCUCGGAGCGGAAGGUAUCAAGCAAGCCAUCCAUAACUUCGAAGAUGCUCGCAAGGUCGACCUACAGAACGAACGUCUUCCACCCACCCACGAAGAGGUGGUGAAGAGAACUGAAGAGGAGCGGAAACAAGCAUUGGAACGUGCUGCGCAAGAGGCAGAGAACGACGCUGGCUUGACGAACAUGGCCCGAAGGAUCAGCAUCACGGUGCUAAAGGAGAAUACCAACAGGUCUUCUGGGUCCGGUAAAAACCGUCGUGUCAAGCAGGAACAGUAG